UCUCCGUCUCUCUCACUUGAACUCACUCAGAUUCUGAUUCUCUCUCUCUCUCUCUCUCUCUCUCUCUCUCUCUGAGAGAAACACACACUCAUCACUUCUCACUUCGAACUUGUAACAAUGUCAGUCUACGACGCAGCAUUCGUAGAAACACAGCUCUCAAAGCGCACUUCCAUCUUCGGCCUCCGUCUAUGGGUCCUCAUCGGAAUCCUCGUCGGCGCUCUCAUCGUCUUCUCCCUCUUCCUCCUCUCUCUCUGCUUCACCUCCCGCCGCAACCGCCGCCACCGCCGCAACCACAAGCCUCUCACUCCUCUCGUCUCCAAGGAAAUCCAGGAAAUCAUUUCCACUCCUCCCAAUCCUCAACCGCAUGAACUCCACCUCGACAUCGGAAGCUGCGGCGGCGGAGCAGCACCGCAGGGUGGUGUCUGCUGUGGCUUUCUCAAGCGGAGAGGUGAAGGUGGCUAUGGAAUCGUGUACCGUGGUGUUCUCUCUGAUGGUACCAAUGUUGCUGUUAAGAAUCUCUUGAAUAACAAGGGACAAGCUGAGAGAGAAUUUAGGGUAGAGGUAGAAGCUAUUGGUCGUGUGCGGCACAAGAAUCUUGUUAGAUUGCUUGGAUACUGUGUUGAGGGCGCAUACAGGAUGCUUGUGUAUGAAUAUGUUGACAACGGAAAUCUGGACGAGUGGCUGCAUGGGGAUGUUGAUUCUGUAAGCCCUCUGACUUGGGAUAUCCGGAUGAACAUCAUCUUGGGAACGGCAAAAGGAUUGGCUUAUCUUCAUGAGGGGCUCGAACCAAAAGUUGUCCACCGAGACGUGAAAUCAAGCAAUAUACUCCUUGAUCGCCAAUGGAACCCAAAGGUUUCUGACUUUGGGCUCGCUAAGCUUCUCUGUUCUGAUCAUAGCUAUGUCACAACCCGAGUGAUGGGGACAUUUGGUUAUGUUGCACCGGAGUAUGCAUGCACUGGAAUGCUGACUGAGAAGAGUGAUGUUUAUAGCUUUGGGAUACUUAUUAUGGAAAUAAUUACCGGAAGAAGUCCCGUUGAUUAUAGUAAACCCCAAGGAGAGGUUAAUUUAAUUGAGUGGUUGAAAACUAUGGUUGGCAAUAGAAAAUCAGAGGAACUCAUUGAUCCGAACCUUCCUGAAAAGCCGUCUUCAAAGGCUCUUAAGCUUGCUCUGUUGGUUGCUCUUAAAUGUGUUGAUCCUGAUGCCACAAAGAGACCUAAAAUCGGACACAUAAUCCACAUGCUUGAGGCCGACGACAUCCUAUUCCGUGAUGAGCAGAGGACCGCAGGAGAAUCGUCGCGAUCCCAUCGCAAUUAUCAUCAUCAUGAGCAAAAGGACUCUAGCAGAGAUAGGAAGCGAAUAGGUGGAGAGAUCACUGAUCAAAGCGAAGAUGAUAAUAGUAGUAAAAUCUUGCCCAUCCCACUAGAUUGAGAUGAUAGUUGUUAAAUGGUAAAUGUAGCUAUGUAUUUAUUAUUUUUGGUUUUAGUAGUUUGCCUAUAUUAAUUUCUACCUCAAUCUGGACAACAUGCAAUGAGUGUAUUUUUUGCUGCAUAAUUUCCUCUCCCACCACAAUUUAGGAUUCAUUGUAUACUCAUAUUCAUUAUUACUAAAAAUCAAAAUUUUGAUGUCCUUCUGCUUUAUAAGACAAAAGUAGCUCAAGUGUUGAAUAAAAAGUAUUAAUAUUUUCAA